GUAAACCCGUUUUGGCCAAUGCGGCGACAAUUGGCCUAUAAAAUGCUGGAGAAUUUUAGCCAAAAGCAUCAGUCACUGACAAACCAACCAACCCAAACAAUCAACAUGAAGUUCCUCAUCUGCUUGGCUCUCUGCAUCGCCGCCGCCCAGGCUGGCUUCAUCGCCUCUCCGGUGGCCACUUACGCCGCUGCUCCCGCUUAUGCCGCCACCUACGCAGCUGCUGCUCCCGUGGCCUACAGCGCACCGGUGACCACCUAUGCCGCCGCAGCUCCUGCUUAUUCCACCUAUGCUGCUGCUGCUCCUGCCUACUCCACCUACGCCGCCGCUGCUCCUGCCUACACCGCUUCGGUCUACAGUGCUCCUGCCUACACCGCUCCCGUGGCCACCUAUGCCGCUGGCGCCGCCUACGCAGCUCCCAUCACCACCUACUCCGCUCCGGCCAUCGUCAGCCCCUUCCUGAAGAAGAAGUAAACAGGACCAUUCACUGACCCACAUCCAAACGAUUCGAUAAACUAAAUAAACCGCCAAUCUAUGCGAAA